GCGCCUGUACUGCGGGCGACCAACCGUUGGGCCUCAACUGUCUUCCUCGCUCGGUUCACUUCCUCCACCCAAGUGAGCCGCCAUGGCCUGGGCUGCGGGCAUCCUGCGGGCCAGCAAAAGAAUGGGUGCAGCCAGAGUGGAUUUCAGGGACCAGGGCAUAGCUCUGUGGCCCAGUCGGGUGCUGGGUGCCCCCCUCAACCGGGCCUGUUGGAACGCCAUUCCCAGGUCUACCAUGUCGACCGUGAAGGGUAAACUUAUCAAGCACAUCAGCUCCGAAGAGCCCGUUCUCCACAACAAGGUCUCCAUUAUAGGAACCGGAUCAGUCGGAAUGGCCUGUGCCAUCAGCAUUAUAGCAAAAGGCCUGGCCAAUGAGCUUGCCCUUGUUGACAGUGAUGAAGCAAAAAUGAAGGGCGAGACGAUGGAUCUCCAGCAUGGCAGUGUCUUCGUGAGAAUGCCAAAGAUUGUCUGCAGCAAAGAUUUCCAUGUCACUGCCAACUCUGAGGUAGUUAUUAUCACAGCAGGUGCACGCCAGGCGAAAGACGAAACGCGCCUGAAUUUAGUCCAGCGAAACGUAUCCAUCUUUAAGGUGAUGAUUGCCAAUAUUGUCAAGCAUAGCCCCCACUGCAAACUGAUUAUUGUUUCCAACCCAGUGGAUAUCUUAACUUACGUAACCUGGAAACUGAGCGGGUUUCCCAAAAACCGUAUCAUUGGAAGUGGCUGUAACCUUGAUACUGCUCGCUUCCGUUUCAUGCUUGGGGAGAGGCUUGGCAUCCACUCUGAAAGCUGCCACGGGUGGGUCCUUGGAGAGCAUGGAGACUCAAGUGUCCCCGUGUGGAGUGGAGUGAACAUCGCCGGUGUGCCUCUGAAAGAGCUGAAUUCAGAGAUAGGAACUAGCAAAGACCCCGAGCAGUGGGGAAAUGUCCACAAAGAUGUGAUUGCCAGUGCCUAUAAAAUUAUCAAAAUGAAAGGCUAUACUUCCUGGGCCAUUGGCCUGUCUGUAGCUGAUAUUGCAGAAAGCAUUCUGAGGAACCUCAGGAAAACAUAUCCAGUUUCCACCAAUGUUAAAGGUCUAUACGGAAUCAAAGAAGAGGUGUUUCUCAGUGUGCCUUGUAUCAUAGGAGAAAACGGCAUCUCAGAUAUUAUAAAGAUGAAGGACUUUCGAAGUAAGAUGCAAUCCAUAUUUCCAGCAAUUCCCAAGAACUCCGAGUCAGCCGCUUCGUGGGAGGAGGCACUCAGCUCUAAGUGAGAUGGGUGUGGAUGACUCCAGAGGAGUUGGUGCAGGAGUGGCAGCUCUGGGAACACCACAUGAGAAAAGGACCGGGGUGACUCCGCUCCAGGAACACGUGCAGAUGGCCGGUCAGCCCAGGGGCCACAGCCAUAGCCAUCUGUGUCCAUGUCUAUGGUACAGGGAGGGAAUGCUUUCCUAAAGCUAAGACAACUAUUUAAGUACUCAGAAGUUCCCCUCAAGGAGGGGUCCCAGAGGAAAUAUUUGUUUAGAACAAUAAACCAUGUUUCAUACUCACAAAAAAAAGUAAGAUAGAAAAUCUUUGCAAGGGUUGGAGAGAUCCCCAUGGUUAAGAGCACACGCUGCUCUUGCAGAGGACCCCAGUUCAUUUCCCAGCACCCACUUCGGGUGGCUCAAGCCACCUGCAGCUCCAGCUCCAGGCAUCUAACAUCCUCUUCUGGACUCUGUGGGCACCUGACUCACGUGUGAACACACCCACACACAUCUACACAAUGAAAAACUAAAAUUAAACCUUUUUUAAAAACUCA